AUACCCUCCUUAAUUUUCUAAAUGACACAAAUAUCCCUCAUCGACCAAACACGGCAUCUUUUAAUUGGAUCCGUGGCGGUGUCGUGAAUAAUGAAUGAGACAGAACCAGUAAAACAAUAGCAUCAUCACCACCACGACCAUCUUCUUCUUCUUCUUCAAGUGCAGGGCUAACUUCGUCUUUUCCACCUACAACGCAGUGGAUCUGCAAUUGUGAAACACCCGACACUUCCCUAUCGAGUCGCACGAGCAACUAACACAGAUAAGCCUCUGAAACAACAAGAAUAUCUGGAGAAAUUGUGAGAUGGAUAUUUCCUGAAUGUGUAGACAGAGUCAAAGAUCUGUAUUUGGAGAAGCGUGUAAGCACAGAUGAAAGGGAGAAAUAGUUAUAGCUUUAGAGGGAGGCAUAUUUCCUUGGCUCUGGUUACUCUUGUUAUUUUUACCACGUUACUGUGGACAUGGGAGAGAAAUCCGAUAAUUGCCAUGACUUUAAGAUCAGCUCAUGAAUGGUACCGCUUACCUUCAGAAUUUCCUGUGGAAGCCCCGACUGAAUCAGUGGGAACUCCAACACUGGAAAAGGGUGUGGAAAAAUCCAUAUCCCCCAUCAGAGAAAAUGGAACAAAACUUCAACUUGAUACUCAGGGGGUGGCAGCUGUAGAUUCUACACCUGCAGAAUCUCUAGAAACUCAAUACUAUCAAAAUGUCACGCCUUCUUCCAGACGUAAAGGAACACCAACACUUGAAAAGGGUGUGGAAAAAUCCACAACCCCCAUCACAGAAAAUGGAACAAAACUUCAACUUGAUACUAAGGAUGUGGCAGCUGUAGAUUCUAUACCUGCAGAAUCUCCAGAAACUCAAUACAAUCAAAAUGUCAUGUCUUCUUCCAGAAGUAAAGUUUGUAAUUAUGCCAAGGGUAAGUGGGUUGCAGACAGCAGGAGACCGUUGUAUUCUGGAUUCAGCUGUAAGCAGUGGUUGUCCACAAUGUGGUCAUGUAGAAUGACACAACGACCAGAUUUCUCAUUUGAGGGAUAUCGCUGGCAGCCAGAAAAUUGUGAUAUGCAAGAGUUUGACCGGUCUGCAUUCUUGAGAAAGAUGCAGGACAAAACAAUUGCAUUCAUAGGGGAUUCGUUAGGACGGCAACAAUUUCAAUCUCUGAUGUGUAUGGCCACUGGUGGAGAAGAGAGCCCAGAGGUUCAAAAUGUGGGAUGGGAAUAUGGUCUGGUAAAACCACGUGGAGCUAUUCGUCCAGAUGGCUGGGCUUACAGAUUUCCCAAGACUAAUACCACUAUCUUAUAUUAUUGGUCGGCUAGCUUAUGUGAUCUGCAGCCUUUUAACAUCACAGACAAACAGACCAAUGUUUCCAUGCAUUUAGAUCGCCCCCCGGCUUUCAUGAGACGGUUCCUCCAUCGCUUUGAUGUUUUGGUUCUUAAUACAGGACACCACUGGAACCGGGGGAAGCUUAAUGCGAACAGGUGGGUAAUGCAUGUUAAUGGAAAGCCAAAUGAAGACAAAAAGAUUGCAGAAAUUGCAAAUGCCAAAAAUUUGACAAUCUACAGUGUAGCCAGAUGGCUUGAUUUGCAACUUGUGUCACAUCCUCGGCUCAAAGCUUUCUUCAGGACUAUAUCACCUAGACAUUUCUUCAAUGGGGAUUGGAACACUGGUGGAAGCUGUGAUAACACUAUCCCAUUAACCAAUGGGAGUGAGAUAAUGCAGGAAGGAUCUAGUGAUCCAACUAUUGAGGAUGCACUAAAGGGUACAAAGAUUAAGAUACUGGAUAUAACCGCUCUUUCACAACUGAGGGAUGAGGCUCACAUGUCACGCUACACUGUCAGAGGCACUCUUAAUUCAAGUGACUGUUUACAUUGGUGCCUUCCUGGAAUUCCAGAUACGUGGAACGAACUCCUUGUUGCUCAGAUAUAGGCUCUGUCAUAGUUUAGUCACCUCUUGCUUACAAAUGCAUUUCAGAAAGCUUUAGUAAGAUGUCUAGGGAAUCAGAAUCUGUCUAUUAUUUACGGUCUAGGAAGACCAAUUAUUAUUUUCUGUUCAAUGUAUUUCAUUUAUUGCUUAUUCGCUAAAUAGGAAGUGGGAGAUCGUAGAGUUCCAUUUCACUCAAGAACAAGGUGAAAUUUAUAUAUGUUUUGAACAAAGUCGAGGAUGAACAUAACCAUACGAGGCAUGAGCUAAAUACCAUAGGCAUGGCCAGAGUUGACAUAGCCUUUAUUGAACUAUUUGAAAUGAUUUUGUAGUUUGUAUCGAUGUAUUUGUAAUAUAAUUGGUUUCAAUAAGAACUGAGUGAAAGAUUAAUUGUUGAGACUUGGAAUA